UCCGUAGGGGGUGUGGCUUUUUUUCUUUCUUUUUUUUUUUUGGGGGGGGGGACCCCCAGCACUGUAUGUAAAAGGAUGCCUUCCUUGUAGCUGGGCGUUGCGCUCUUCAUCCCCAGCACUGCAGAGUCCCAGCCUUCCUCUGCUUGCCAGCGUCCUGUGUUAGAGGAGCUUGUGGCCGAAGGUGUGAGUGUGGGGGAGGGACACUGCCCAGCUGUUGCUCUGCUCCUGUCUCUUGUCCCCUCCCCUGGCCAUGACGGAGACCCGGGAGCCUGCUGAGACUGGAGGCUACGCCAGCUUGGAGGAAGACGAUGAGGACCUCUCUCCAGGCCCGGAGCGGUCCUCUGACUCCGAAUACACUCUUUCAGAGCCGGACUCUGAAGAGGAAGAAGAUGAAGAGGAGGAGGAAGAGGAGACCACAGAUGACCCCGAAUAUGACCCUGGCUACAAGGUGAAGCAGCGCCUGGGUGGGGGUCGGGGAGGCCUGUCCCGCCGGGCCCCACGAGCUGCCCAGCCCGCAGGCCCACCCACCCAGCCCUGCCAACUCUGUGGCCGCUCACCACUGGGAGAGGUCCCUCCGGGCACCCCACCUUGCCGGCUCUGUUGCCCUGCUACAGCCCCCCAGGAAGCUCCGGCCACCGAAGGCAGGGCUGUUGGGGAGGAAGAAGAUGAUCCACCAUGCUGUGGGGAGGGCCGGCCAGCAGGGCAGGAGGGGGACGAGGAGGAGGAGGAGGGGGGCGCCUACCACUGUACGGAGUGUGAGGACUCCUUCGACAACCUUGGGGAGCUGCAUGGCCACUUCAUGCUGCACGCCCGGGGAGAAGUGUAGGCAGAGCUCUGCGGAGGGGAGGGCGGGAGCAGGUCUGCGGCAGCUGGAUGGUCACGAGAUCACGGGGCCUGGGUCGUCUUAGCAUAGAUGUGUGACGUCAGAAUAAAAACCUGAUUCUGUG